AUUUGUCUAAACUAUCAACAAUUUCAAGAGGAAAGUAGUGAUUAUUUUCGGAAAAAAUACAGAUAUGAAAUAAAACGCAAAUUGCUGGAAAUACCAAAUAGUUUUUGCAAGCCUUGUGGGUUUGAUAAAUUAUUCAAAUUUUCUGUUAUUAGAAUUAAUGUUCAUGUUUUUUUCGGGUUUCACCGGGCAAAAUACGCCGAAAAUUAAACACAAAAUAUUAAUGUCGCAUAAUUGUUUUAUAUCAACGCGGCAGCCUCCCUUAUCAGCCUGUGACGUAACAAUCUUUGAUAACGAGACACAGAUAAUUCUGACGUUUGAUAUAAGAAAUGUACUAUUAUUUACUUGCGCAGUAUAAACCCAGUUGUCAAAAGAAAUUGACUACCGUGAUUGUUGAACAUUUGUUAUUACGAAUCAAAAUGGGUAACCUUUUUUCGAAAAGCAACAAAGUUUCGCCUUUAAACGUAAGGCAUAAGGAAUCUGAAAUGAAUACGAAUAGCCGUCCUACUAAGAAGUGGUAUCGAAGCUUGCUUUGUUACUAUAAAAAUGCUGUUGCGGCAACAACAUCGCUUGCGCAAGACGUAGCGCCAAAGAAUAGCAACCGUAAAUUGGUUGGCGGAAAUGAGUUGAACAACGAAUCGGAUCUUCUUAUCGAAGGCUGCCACGACGAUGAUGUCAAUUCGUCUGCAGAACUGGUUCUUAUUGAGCCAAAAAAGUUUGAAUCGUCAUCAGCUAAGUUGCGGUUGCCGGUAGAUGAAGAGUUCGAAGAGUGGAGGGCGGUAAGGAGCAAGACCGUUGUAAAAAGGAACGAAGUCGGUCGUGCGAGAUCUAUCGCCUUCAAUAUUGAGCUGUUAGAAGUGGACAUGCUGAAUAGACCACAGUCAAGCUUAUCCAUGGACCAACAAGCGAGUAGGCCACGAAUGCUGGCAAGCAGGUUGCCAGAGCUGUCGACAGUCACCAAAGAGGAGAUCGAGAGAAAGUAAGUGAAGAAAAUUGUCUGUCUCUGGAUGUUUGCUUAAGGAGUGUUGAUAAAGAAACCUUAAGAGUUAUAGCAAUCUUAACUUAAUUUAUUUGCUUUCUAGAUUAUCGCAAGCAGUGGAGAGAAGAGAUGCUCUCUUGAGAGACCGGUCAGAAAGGAUACGAGAAAGAUCUGCCCUUUCAAAGGAGAUGCUAGGACGACUCGAAGCUGAGAAACAACGCUUGUUAAAGGAAAAAAUUGAGGAGAAGGAGCGAAAAGCCGUAGACAAGAAAGAGCGACUGAAGAGGAGAAAGGAAAGAAAGGCUGCUAGACAAACAAGACGCACGGAAAGGGCUAAGGCAAACGCAGCCGAGAAAGAAAAGCAAGUUUGUGUGAAUGCAGAAGAAGCACUGAAGGAAAAAAUGAGGGCUGCUGAGGGAAAAAAGGCAGAGAUUAUGCUGGAGCGAGAGAGCAAACGAAAUAUUCACAGGUUCAAGCAGAUCCGAGCAGAAUUGAUCAAGCUAAAUGAAACUGGAACAAAAGACAGAUCAACAUUAGAGGAUAGAAAUGAAAAUAUUCUUGGCCAGGGGAGACAGGAGGCUAUGAGGUGCAAAACAGCGUUAGACAAGGUCUACGCAUUGCUUGAACAGUCUGCUGAAGAAGAGGUUAACCUAGAGACUUUUGAUGGCGAUUCAAAUAAUGUAUUCGCGGAGGAACCAGAAAUCACAGAAAUCACAAAGGAUCCCUUCUGGGAUUGCUAGAGGAAAAUAUAAAAAAGAUAAUAAAUGGGAUUUUCAGUAAUGAAAAUAUUUCAGAUGGGGUAAUAGAGCUCUAAGAGGGUCUGGAUUAGGACAAUUGGAAGGUUUUGAAGGAACGUUAUUUUUUAAUGGUCAAAUAGAGGGGUUCUGCUAUAAAGACAUCAAAUAGCAAUUUGACUUAAUUAAGGUUUGAAAUAAUUGCAUAUUUCAACUUAGUGUGAAUGAACUGAACUAGAUUAAUCUGGAAAACGUAGAAGGGCGGAAGGUCGCACACUGACUCAGAGGGACACUGUUGUUUGGAGCAAAACCGAGCAACACAGCCCAACAAAGGCUGAAACAGAGCUGCUCAGAAAGACAGAGAGUGACACAGUGGCACAAUGCAAUACCGAACAUCACAAAGCAACGUAUAUCUACGAAGAGUGACACAGAGCAACGCAGAUUGAUAUCCAUUCAGAGCAACAGAGGGUGAUGCUGAGUAACACAGAAUGGAGCAAAGCGAUACAGAACAAGACAGAGUGGCACAGACCGGUGCAUAGCAACAUGAAGCAACCAAACGAGACACAGAGAGACACAGCCCGUUACAUAGCAACACAAAGCAACAAAAUGAGAAACAGUGCGGCUCGGAGUAACAUAGAGCGACACAGAGCAACAAAUACUGACACAGAGCCUUUCAGAGUGACACAGAGUGACACAGGGUGACAGACGGUGGCUCAGAGCUUUACAGAGGAACACAGAGCAACAUAGAAUGGUAUUGAGAGACAGAGAGCGCCACCUAAAGUGACAAUUAGCAACACUCAACGAUAGAAAGCCGCACAGCACUGUUCAGAGUGGCACAGAGAGACAUAAAUUGAGGAUAAAUUUCAUAAGAUAGGGGAUUUUAGUCCAAACGACGUUGAUAGAUGUGAUGUACGUUAAACAAAUGUUAUUACCACAUCUACAUCAAAGAAAUUUGUAAAUUUUUGGCAACUCGCGCCAUGCCACUCUUUAUUUGAAUAUUAUAUCUUGGGUUCUGUUGUAAUCGUUAGUGGGGAUUACUGAAUCUACUACAAACAAUCAAUCCUGAAUUUAUAAACACUGAAAGGGACGUGACAUAUUUGAAGCUCAUUCCUUUUAAAUUGUUUUGAAUCAGCAACUAUUUUAUGAAAUAAUCAUUCAUUUAAUAUUUAUAAUUUAGUUUUAUUUUCUUUUGUGAUUCCUUUACAUAUUCGCCGCGAUAUAACUAGCAAGCAAAAAUGUAUUUCUCAAAACGAUAUUGGA